AUAGCAGAGCAAUCACCACCAAGACUGAAAUAAGUGCAAGGGCUCUGCCGACGGCUUCCUGAGGUGCCAGGGAAAUGAGGAUGGAGGAGGGAAUGAACGCUCUCCAUGACUUUGGGAUCCAGUCAACGCACUACCUGCAGGUGAAUUACCAAGACUCCCAGGACUGGUUCAUCUUCGUGUCUGUGAUCGCAGACCUCAGGAAUGCCUUCUACGUCCUCUUCCCCAUCUGGUUCCAUCUUCGAGAAGCCGUGGGCAUCAAACUCCUCUGGGUAGCUGUGAUUGGAGACUGGCUCAACCUUGUCUUUAAGUGGAUUCUCUUUGGACAGCGUCCAUACUGGUGGGUCUUGGACACCGACUACUACAGUAAUACUUCUGUGCCGCUGAUAAAGCAGUUCCCUGUCACCUGUGAGACUGGACCAGGGAGUCCCUCUGGCCAUGCCAUGGGUUCAGCAGGUGUAUACUACGUGAUGGUCACAUCCACCCUCUCUAUCUUUCGGGGAAAGAAAAGGCCGACCUACAGAUUUCGGUGUUUGAACAUCAUUUUGUGGUUGGGAUUCUGGGCUGUGCAGCUGAACGUCUGUCUGUCACGAAUCUACCUUGCUGCUCAUUUUCCCCAUCAGGUCAUUGGUGGAGUCUUGUCAGGCAUUGCCGUGGCUGAGACUUUCCGCCACAUCCGGGGCAUCUACAACGCCAGCCUCAAGAAAUAUUUUCUCAUCACCUUCUUCCUGUUCAGCUUUGCCAUUGGCUUUUACCUGCUGCUAAAGGGGCUGGGUGUAGACCUCCUGUGGACUCUGGAAAAGGCCAAGAGGUGGUGUGAGCGGCCAGAAUGGAUCCACAUUGACACCACGCCCUUUGCCAGCCUCCUCAAGAACCUGGGGACCCUCUUUGGCCUGGGGCUGGCGCUCAACUCUAGCAUGUACCGGGAGAGCUGCAAGGGCAAACUCAGCAAGUGGCUCCCAUUCCGCCUCAGCUGCAUCAUGGCCUCUCUCGUGCUCCUGCACCUCUUUGACUCCUUAAAACCCCCAUCCCAAAUCGAGCUGAUCUUCUACAUCCUGUCCUUUUGCAAGAGUGCCGCAGUGCCGCUGGCAUCUGUCAGUGUCAUCCCCUACUGCCUCGCCCGGGUCCUGGGCCAGCCGCACAAGAAGUCUUUGUAAGGGAUGUGGAGUCUUCAGUAUUUGAAGUCCAUGACUGUGCCAGGGUUGAGGGGGACUAGGGUCUUCUGCCAGCUCAUUUUGAGGCCAGAGGUGCUAACGUCAGCUCAGUGGACCCCCUGCCCUUUCUACAACCCAAAUCACAUUGGGUGAUGUUUUUGAAAAGCCAAUGUAGCUAUUUGAGAAAGCCUUGACUGUUAGAAGUGGGGUCAUUCUGGAUUUUUCCCUGAAGAUUUACUUGUUCUUCUGCCAGAUAAACCAAAGCAAGACUUCCAGGUAGGGCCAGCUCACAAGCCCAGGCCAGAGAUCCCAGCUGAGAAUUUACUACUUGUGCUCAUCGUUACCAAGAAAAGGAGAGAGAAGCAGUGGAUUUGAUAGAAGGAUGGAUGAGGGCAGAGUUUUUACUAUGUCGCACAUCACGCAGACUAUGUGCCAAGCAAUGUCUAAAUGGCUUCAAUUAUAUGAUAAGACACUCUCAAUCAUGGGGGACCAACCUAAAGUAUAAUUAACAAGUGGUUAACGGGGUAA